GCUAUGCCACUCAUCCAGCCUUGAAUCAGAAGGGGAUUUAGAAGCAAAGAGCUGCCCUGGCCGGGAAGAAAGGGGGUUAGGAUCUGAUUGCGCUGAACAGGAGCCUCCCGCGCUGGGUGCUCGGUGGUGCGGGGGCGCGCCGCGCGCUGCACGGGGGCGGGUGGCGGCUGCGGCGUGGGCGCGGUGAUGCAGGUGUGACCGAGGCCGGCGCCUGCCUCCGCCGGGAUCGCCCCAGCGCCGCCUUAGCCCGAGCUGCGGGGCAGACGCUGCUCCGCCCGCACCGGGGGUGGCCGCCGCGGAUUUCCCACCCAGGGCAUGACCUUCAGUGGUGGUACAAAUCGGGGCUGCAGGCAAGCUGCCAAGUCCUGCUUAUUCCUUGUUAAGAAAAACAGCUGGAUCCAUUUCUAAUCAACACUUCCCAGCACGACACCCCUGGGUCUCUGAAGGAGACCAGACCAGAAUUUGAAUCUUUUCUAAGACUUCCAGUAGACAUCGCAUGCAAAAGGGUACUUAGGUUGCCUUUGCACAAAUCUGGUUGACUUGACAGACGAGGGAGGAGAAAACAGGUGUGACUUUCACCUAAGAAGUCACAUGAACAUACUCUGUGGUUAAACCACAUAAUGGAUCAUGGUUACCGAAAUAGCCCAAACCUCUACCGUGGAGCAAGGGAUAUAGCUGGAGAGGCAGCCAGGCAGUCCCGGACCCCAGGAAUGGAUGACUACAAGUACCAGGACAAUUAUGAGGGCUAUGCCCCCAGUGAUGGCUAUUAUCGUGGCAAUGAGUCCUACCCAGAAGAAGAUGCACAAAGUGAUGUCACAGAAGGCCACGAUGAGGAAGACGAAAUCUAUGAGGGCGAAUACCAGGGCAUCCCUCACCCUGAUGAGGUCAGGGCCAAGCAGACCAAGAUGGCGCCCUCCCGGGCAGAUGGCCUUCGAGGCCAGGCAGACCUGAUGGCUGAAAGGAUGGAGGACGAGGAGCAGUUGGCCCACCAGUAUGAGACCAUCAUGGAGGAGUGUGGUCAUGGCCGCUUUCAGUGGACCCUCUUUUUUGUCUUGGGUUUGGCCCUGAUGGCUGAUGGGGUGGAGGUGUUCGUGGUGAGUUUUGCCCUGCCCAGUGCAGAGAAGGACAUGUGUCUGUCUAGUGCCAAGAAAGGAAUGCUUGGGCUGAUAGUCUACUUGGGAAUGAUGGCGGGAGCCUUCAUCUUGGGUGGCCUGGCAGAUAAACUGGGGAGGAAGAGAGUUCUCAGCAUGUCGCUGGCCAUCAAUGCCUCCUUCGCCUCCCUGUCCUCCUUUGUUCAGGGAUAUGGGGCCUUCCUCUUCUGCCGACUCAUCUCUGGCAUAGGUAUUGGGGGUGCCCUGCCAAUUGUUUUUGCCUAUUUCUCUGAAUUCUUGUCUCGGGAGAAGCGAGGAGAACACCUCAGCUGGCUGGGCAUCUUCUGGAUGACUGGAGGCAUCUACGCAUCCGCCAUGGCCUGGAGCAUCAUCCCACACUACGGCUGGGGCUUCAGCAUGGGGACCCAUUAUCACUACCACAGCUGGAGACUGUUUGUCAUCGUCUGCGCUCUGCCCUGUACUGUGUCCCUGGUGGCCCUGAAGUUCAUGCCAGAGAGUCCAAGGUUUCUGCUUGAGAUGGGCAAACAUGAUGAGGCCUGGAUGAUUCUCAAGAAAGUCCAUGACACCAACAUGAGGGCCAAGGGGACCCCAGAGAAGGUGUUCACGGUUUCCAACAUCAAAACUCCCAAGCAAAUGGAUGAAUUCAUUGAGAUCCAAAGUGCAACAGGAACUUGGUAUCAGCGCUGGCUGGUCAGAUUCAACACCAUUUUCAAGCAGGUCUGGGACAAUGCUCUGUACUGUGUGAUGGGGCCCUACAGAAUGAACACUCUGAUUCUGGCCGUGGUCUGGUUUACCAUGGCUUUAAGUUACUAUGGACUGACGGUCUGGUUCCCUGAUAUGAUCCGCUAUUUCCAAGAUGAAGAAUACAAGUCUAAAAUGAAGGUAUUUUUCGAUGAGCACGUGUAUGGUGCCACAAUCAACUUCACCAUGGAAAACCAGAUUCACCGGCGUGGGAAACUUGUGAAUGAUAAGUUCACAAAGAUGUACUUUAAACAUGUACUCUUUGAGGACACCUUCUUUGACGAGUGCUAUUUCGAAGAUGUUACGUCUACUGAUACCUAUUUCAAAAACUGCACCAUCGAAUCAACCAUCUUUUAUAACACAGACCUCUAUGAGCAUAAAUUCAUCAACUGUCGGUUUAUCAACUCCACCUUUCUGGAGCAGAAGGAGGGCUGCCACCUGGACGUGGAGCAAGACAACGACUUUCUGAUUUACCUCGUCAGCUUCCUGGGCAGCCUGUCUGUCUUGCCUGGGAACAUCAUUUCUGCCCUGCUCAUGGACAGAAUCGGAAGGCUCAAGAUGAUCGGUGGCUCCAUGCUAAUCUCAGCAGUCUGCUGCUUCUUCCUGUUUUUUGGCAACAGUGAGUCUGCGAUGAUCGGCUGGCAGUGCCUGUUCUGUGGGACCAGCAUUGCGGCCUGGAAUGCUCUGGAUGUGAUCACAGUCGAGCUGUAUCCCACCAACCAGAGGGCAACGGCCUUUGGCAUCCUCAAUGGAUUAUGCAAAUUUGGCGCCAUCCUGGGAAACACCAUCUUUGCUUCUUUUGUUGGGAUAACCAAAGUGGUCCCCAUCCUUCUGGCUGCUGCUUCUCUGGUUGGGGGUGGUCUGAUUGCUCUUCGACUGCCAGAGACUCGAGAACAAGUCCUGAUGUGAAUAAUCCACGGGCAAAGGAAAGGUUGAAAGAAUCUUGUCCGGGACACGUAAACACAUCCACACCUCCCACCUAACACUGUCCAGAGGGCACCUUGGACAGCGCACGAGGAGAAGUUGAUUUUGUGGCCCUUAGUUUAGCACCCACUUCAGCUGUCAAUAUGUUUGUAACUCGGGUGAUUGAUUUGGGGGUGCCCCGAGCCACCCUUAGAAUCACAGAGCGGGGUGUUUGGCUUUAGGCCCUCCUAGCAAAUAGUGUAUGAGUGCACACACUAUAAACGGGGGGUGUGCAUUUUCCUAAGAGAAGGGCAAGGACUUAUUCGCAUUUCAAAAGAAAUUUGAGAGUGAGAAACACUCAAGCUCCUCUACAAAGCUCCUUGGAGCCCAAUGACUUAACAAAUUGUCUUGGGUGGAAGUUUGAAUCAUUAUAUGAGCAAAGCUUGAAGUACAGGACACAUAUAUUUUUACAUUUAAAAGUAUCACCUAUCAUAUUUUCCACUUGCAUAUUGGCACAAUAGCAUUAAAAAUACUCUGAUAUUGAAAACCAAAUAUUUGAACAAUACUUAGAGUGAUCUCUCUUUCCCCUAAGUGUCCUAAGCUUUCCAUGGUGAUUAGGUGAUGAAUUGAAGGAUGAUAUUUAUUUCUAUUUUGCUCUAGUCAAUGAAACUUAAUGGGAUGGGUGUUCUGUAAACUAAGUUUGUAUAUAACUUUAUUUGGGGUUGAUUGCCACAGAUUGUUUCUGCAAAUAUUGCCAGCAUUUUAGCCAUAUUUAGGGAGAACUUGGUGUUUGAUGUCCCAGGACAUUAGGCCUGAUUAAAUGAAAUGCAAGCACAAUUUCUUAUAGCCAUUUAACUUGCUGUCUGGAGGAUGCACGUAACAAACUCAUAUUGUACAGUUCAUUUAAUCCAGGCAGUUUUCAUUGUGUGGGUGGAGUACAUAGUCCCUUUUCUCUCUUCCCCAGAUCACUUGUGAAAUGCAAGCUCCUUGUCUUCAAUACUGGCAUUGAACUUUGCUGCUUACCCAUAAACAACACAGAGAAGUGUUCAGUGGCCUCUGGCGCUCUCUUUGUAGGCAAGAAUCAAACCACACGGGGGACUGAGGGAGCAGUGGGAAGCAUGGCCACAGUUCUUCCAAGUGUAAAUACUUUCUGCUUGUUUUAGUGGUAAAAAUGCUAUCCACAUUCGUUAUGAUGGUCGGGUCCCUUGAGAAAUCUACGUUUAUAUUCAGGGCUUUUGAAACAAAGGCCAUUGAGUGGGAAUUAGGGAGCACAGUGUAUGUCCGAUAUGUUCUUCUUCAGUGCUCUAAGAGAACUCUUUCCUGAAAUCCAGUUUGGAACAUGAAUCAGGGACCUGGGUGGGGUGAGCAGCCCAGGACAAAUUUCUCUGGCAAACAUCAGCAGUAGACUGAAAACUACACAGAAGAGAAACAACUUGUCCCCCAGAGCUGUCUAGCAAGGGAAAGGACAGUGAGCUAUGAACUCCUGCCACUGGAAUUGAAGUUGCCUAGGCCCGGUGAACCUCAGUCUGCAAGAAGUAGUCCUUGGAGUUGAUUUGCAAUGCUCUCAAUGGCUAUAAAGUGCCACACUUUCCCUAGCAGAGAUCUCCAAACAUUUAAAACAGAAUAAUAAUGGCUGCAUUAAGUGUUUUCUCAGUUUUGUGUUGUGUGAUAGCUUCAGACCAUCUUUUGUAAUUUUCUCAGUUGUCAGGUUGUCAGAGGUAAAUUUUAUGACAUCUCUCCGCCAUUGAUUUGAGAUCAGUUUUAAUGGUUAAAAUGUUUACUCGUUUUUUGAAUCUCACCUGUUCGUUGAACUCUGAUUUGACACCCUGAUUUCCCCCUCCAAACAUAUGUAAUAUAUAAAUAUUCCACUGUGUAUUAAUGUUUUUCUCUGUGUUUUGUAGGAGUUACCUAACAUAGUAUGUCCAUACUAGGAGGCCUGAUGUAACAUAGUUGUAAUAUACUUUCCAUAUUCUUGUGAUAUGAAAUACAGUGGCUAGGUUCAUAAAAGAGCAUUGUGUGUGUCUGAGAUUAUCACAUCUGUUAUAAUAUUCAUUAUUCUUCAAUAGGAUCAUAUAACUCGGUGAGAAGCUACCACUUAAGAAAUUUACAAGAUAGGUAGAGUCUGCAUUUCUACUUAAGAUGGAUCAUGUAAAUUUAAAAUCUAAUAAUUUUUGAGUGCUGGGGUGGCUAUAAUAAUUUUGGGGUUAAUGCUAUGUGGUUUCCAAGCUCUAACUUCUAUGUUAUUUUUAUGGCUUCUUAAACCAACCAUCUAACCGACCAAGGGAAAUUCUCAUCUCAUCCAUCGCUUAGGCCUUUGUAAAGGGUGCAGCCAAGCUUUUCCUGUAAAGGAUUAUCUGGCAUAAGUACCUGGCCACUUCUUAAAUGCUGUCACUCCGCUGAGAUAAAUGUGUCUUUAAAAAUAGUCUCUGGGGCAGGUCACUGGGGGAUAACGCAUAGCAUUUUUGGUUAUCCACUUCUUUUUCACUUCAUUUACUACCCUGAGAAACUCCCAAUGUCAGCCAUAGAAGGUGAAAGGGAAGAGGCUCUCCUUGUUGAAUGAAUUUGUUCACAGUUCAUGAUGGUGUGUUUUACGAUGCUCAGUUUGGGGGUAAGUAGUUGCUUUUCAUAGUCUCAACUGUAUUGUGUCAUCUCCUGAUGCUGAUUUUUGACCUCAUGUUUUAUUAAAAAUAAUUAGUGAAA